GCUGGAUUUCCUUGUUCGUCAGUGAAACGUUUCCUUCGUCCCUGUCUACUGUUAGCUGUGCAAAAGUGCUCUCUUCUUCAUUUGGAAACGGUUCUCAGUCCCUAUUGAUUUUACUUCCCCCAAUCGAAAUAACGGUGGCGCAACGCUUAGCUCGUUACCCCCGACGGCUUCGCGGUGGUUGUGGUAUUUCUGGAAUAGGAAGGGGUUUGCCCACUGGGGUUCUAGGGUAUCGCUCAGGGUUUCUCUAUUCGGGUUAUUUCAGGGAGCCACCGUUUUCCUGUAUUUGUGAGAGAUGUUGUGGCGGAGUCAACGCUGUGGUGUAUUUCUAACGCGUGACAGUGAGCUCUGCGCGUGGACAGGUGAUCCGUGGGGGUUGGUCCGAGGAGAGAGAUUUUGCAUGUAGAGACGGUGCUUCUGUUAUCUUCUUAGGAAAAACCGUAUUCUUGAGCGGUCUGAUAUAAGCUUCUCCUUUGCGUUUAAAAGGAACAUCAAGGCCGCAUGCAUCUGCUGGCCACUUUCCAAAGAAGCGUGACUGGGGUAAACUCUGUGGCUCUUUGUUCGCUUCGAAAGUCCAGUAUACCAAAACACAUACAUUUGUCGGACAGUUUCAACAUGUGACGCAGAGGGAUUGCCUGUCCUUUCCGCACGCAAUAGAACCAGUACGUCUUAGGCCACCUGUGUGGUUGAGUUCCGUAGACCAUCGUGGCACCCUCGCCGCGCGCUUCCCAACAUCCGUAGGCUGGCCUCUCUGUUUACUAUGUCUUUCCACAGCGCUGAGGUUUGGCCAUGGCUCGACCGGCAGCCUGGUCUCAAGCGCAGUAUCCGAGUGAGAAGCUCUUGGCGGAGAUCCAGGGACCGGGCAGGGGUACUGCCACGGGGACUGACUGCGUUUUACGAUUCUGCUGAAAGGCUUUUCUCUGUCGUACCACCACACCGCAACUUUUAAACACCGUACCUUCUCAUCAGCUUCUCCGGGGACGGCGCUGUAGUACCUCCUGUUCUUGGAUUCGACAGGUAGCGUCCACAUGCCGCGGGUUUCGCAGGGAGGUGGGCCUGGCGCAGACGCCAGCUGUCCGAGCUCGCUGACGAGCUUUGCAAAAGGCGAGGCAGGUUCUGAGCGGACCCUUGCCCCGGAUUUCGAGGGGAAGUCGGCGCUGCGCUCGUCGUCCUGCGGGCGUGGUCUGCAGGAGCGACAGGAUGCGCCAUGGCUGUCACUCGUUCGUCCCAGUCACGUGAGUCCUUUUCUUCUUGAUGAACGGUUCCAGAACGUCGACGUUCCAUGUUACGAGCUUUCGAGCUCUCCAAAGUCUUCUCUGGCGCAGACUCCAGGGGGGGUUCAGAGCAUCGGUACUGGCCUUCUUCGCCACCCAUCUGACUCGCGGGACGGGCCCCACGAUGAGGUAUUGGAGUCUAUCAUCAACGCCAGAUGCUUCGUGGGCGUCAACAUGAGCGCUGUUGCGUGCACAGCCUCCCAGGCAGAAGCCUUUUCUCGGAGGGGCGCAGCGGCCGGCGCCGCCCGGGUUUCUCUGCGCCGCGUCCCCGGCGUGUCUAAACUCGCCGUGGAGGACGACCAAGAUGACAUCGUAGACACCGAGGAAAAAGCCGGAGGCUCCUCUCGACAUGAGUCGGAAACGAGCCCCGGGUGUUCCUCUACGUUGAAGAAGGACGCGGCUGCUGACCGGCCACUGGCUGCAGGAAAGUCGAGGCGCGAGAUUUCUGCGAAGUGUCUGCUGCUGCCGUUUUUCUCCGCGUCCGUCGACUUGGCUUCGCGUGCCAUCAUCCACAUCUACACUUCAGCCGCUAAAGGCUCCACGGGGGCGUCGACCCACGAGGCGGAGGGCCGAGACCCUGGCCAGAAUAUCUUUAUGUGGAUCGAACGGAAGAGCAUGAAGCUUGCUUUUGUCCGGUCAAAGGCGUACGGCGACUUUCGGACAUGGUACUGCGCUGGUACCCCAGGUUCGGAAUGUUCGGACUGCGCGUCUCUGGGUGCGAAGUCUCCCCUGAGCACCGGUCAGCGGAUGCACCUGUCGAUGCCGGAAAUCAUACCUCCUGUGGUGAAGACCUCUUUCGGCGGCUUCGGAGCCGGGCGAGUCCGAGCAGGUCCACCGCACCAGUGGACCUGGAAAGGUGAGAAGGUGAUGAUGCCGCUGCCUCCGAAGGAGCUUCUUGCCCCCAGAAACCACUGGCGACGAGCCGGAACCGACGAUGGCCGACUCGAAGGGUGGACGGAGGAGCAACUCGAAGUUCGCGUGGUGGUGCGCCGGCGGCCUGCCGCGGGGAUCCGCGGAUGUGUACGGCGCAUGUCGAAGAAAGUCACCUUUUCUCUGGACACGGCCGACAAAUUCUCGAGAGACGGGGACGAGGAUGACAAACAGUCGUUGGCCGGAUCCGUGUCGACUCCGGCCUCCGACUGCACGACAGGCCACCUCCUGGGAGGCGAUGGGAGCGUCCUGCGAACGGGACGCGAGUGGCGAGAAGACGGAAGACUCUCAAGACGGUCCUCCUCCGCAGCGGACGAACACGGACGCCGCUCAUCACGGAGCAUGUCUCGCAACAGCGACACCAGCCAAGACGGCACACUCUCCUCGAGCUCCCGCCAAGGCCGGCCCCGAAACGGGUCCCGCCGGAGGCGAGGCCUUUCACCGCUCCCUCUUUUGUUGGAUUUGCUCGGCGAAGACGAGCCGCUGUUGUCGCGAGUCGUCUUAGAGCCCCAGCUCGAUGGGAACGAAGCGGCCGGCUCGCGCCCGAACCCGGGAGCGGGAGGUUCCGGCUGGGACGGAGAUAUUUCGCUGGCGGCCGGGUCGACUCCAGGGGGGCCUUCGUGUGUCUCUAGAGGUUUGUACCAUCCCCUGGACCGGCCGGAGACUCUGUUUCCCCAGGCUCGUGCGCGCCAUUUGCGUCGCCAGUUCUGUCGGCACCGGUCAGCCCCCGGCGGAAGCCCGCUGUCGUGGCCUGCAUUGAGUGGAGAGUUUUCCAAGUGCCCUGGGAUGUUGCUGCCGCUCUCAGCUGCGACUCCGCAGGCGCAGCCGGGUGUGAGGACGGCCCCUACCUCGUGCUCCAGCAGCGACAGUGCCUGGGGCGUCGCUGAAAACGUGGUAAGUGGGAGCGAGACUGUUUCUUUACAGCUGGACGCCGUCCUCGGUCCGCGCACGGGAAGAAAGAGGCACUCGCUGCCGGUGUGGAAGCAGCGGGCGGACCCUGCGCCGAAAGGACCCUUCGAGAACCGGCCAAGUCGCCUCUCCAGAUUUCUGUCUCACUGGAAGCUGUCUUCGGUGACCACAAUGAGUUUGGAAGAGCCGGAUCCGCCGCCGGCGUCGGCUGCCGGCCUUAAGUGUGGUUUGAUGGAGGCCGAUCUGUCAGGCCGGCAAGUGAUGGAACUCUCCGACAUCCUCAGUAGGAACCGAGGGGCGGAGAGUGGCACCGGGACAGGCGGAGGCAACCGCCGGACACAUAUUCAGCUUGGAGGUUUGUCGGAGCGCGAAGCCGAGACAGAUGGAGAGUGGAGACGAUUCUCGGAAGAAGCAAGUACGACGCCGAGAACCCGGGAAGGAUCGGAGAGCACCGUGUCUCGCGCGCCACGGCACGGAGGGGGCACCGACACAAGUGUUGGGGCGGCCACCGUUGACGUCGAGCGGCUGUCCAGUGAUGGCAGGAAUGUCGCUCUGUGUGAAGCGUCACAGAAGUCUUGCAAGGGAGUCGCUGUCAGUGCUGGUUCUGACAAUGUAACCGCGAGGCGGGGCAGACGCAGUAGAGUGGCGAAGGACGGUGAACUGGAAAGCCAACCUGAUCCGCCGAAGCUGGAAGAACCAGACACAGCCGUGAUAGAGGCUUCAGAGUGUGCUGGACCCAAGACAGCCACCGACAGGCGAGAGUCGGCCAGAAAGAAAGGCUCGCUGUUGGAUAACGCCCGGGCCGCCGGAGGGGUUAUGCGGAAAUUUAUGUCACUACUGAAGAAAGAGAGACGAAAUACAAGUCGAGCGUAGAACCCGUGGAAUACCUGCAACCAGGGUUGCGGCUGCAUUGUUUUGCCAUAUGAGGGCGAUGAGCCCCGUCAAUCAGCCUUCUGCAGAAUUGUUUUCUACUGCCCAUGGGACGAGGUCUUGGUCUGUCAAUGCGGUGAUAGACAAGCCGCCAUCGUCUGCGCUUGUUAGUUCUCUGAGUCUGGUGAGUAAGAGCGAUGGUACGAUGCUGAAGGCUAACGAGCUGAAAAACUUAUUACACUGGAAUAUGGUAGCAGGUUCGAUACGCAAGUGACGAGUACCUCUCAGUGACGAGCUAUGACAAACAACCGGCAAGGGGGACGCUUGAGGGUCAAUCAGUCUGGCUACACAAUGGAAAGCUGGCGACGCUCUCUGGUACCCGUCAAAGACGUGACCAGUCGGGCGGAUUUGCUCGUUCAACCUGGAACGUCGUUUCAUUGGCAUGGUAUUAUCGUGUCAUCGUGCUGCUGGGGUUGUCUAGUCGCCUGCUUUGGCGGCUCCUUUUUAGUUUCGGUGCUUCUUAGUGUGGCACCUACAGGGCAGAUUGGGGAAGUCGAGCAGAGGUGCGAUAAGUAAGGGAAGAUACACUCAGCGAAUGCUGAAUUUCCAAUGAUGUGCAAAUUAGUGAAUUCCCACAAGCGCAAAGUUUUCUUUUUAUUGAUUGGUGAAUGUUCAAGUGCAUGAUGAACAAGUUGCUUUGAAUGGAUUCACUUGUGAAGGCUCGUUCUCCGUCACUGUUUUCCCCUACAACCGGCUCUCUUUGGCAAAGUGGGGAUGUUGAGGGGCUUGUCCGUGUCAAUACAUGGAUCUAGCCAGGCUGUGAAUGAAUUAGGACUGUGCGGAAAACGUGUCGAGUGUCAUUCGGCUUCUGACAGUCCUUCUUGGUGUCAAGAGUUUUUCUUGAGUGGACCACACAGAGGUACUCUGGCGACGAUCCGGACAACAACGUUCAGAACAAGAAGCGUAUGUAUUAAAGAAGCGGUUGACAGCGGGAGCAGGAAACCGAAGGCGAAAUGCAUGGACGAACUCCGUCCUUUUUGAGAAUUGCUGUUGCAUGAAUACAGUGACAAAUCGUCUUUCACAGGUUGACGGAUUUUUUUUGGCAGCUGUCUGUGUUAUGCAAACGCGUAGGGUACCAUCAAGAGAACACAUAGCUCGUCUACUUCGGGAAAACACCACAACGCACAAUGGCGAAAUUUGACAAAAAGACCAAACACUACGGCAGACAAGAAUGAAAGAACAGUUGGUUUUAAACGUGCGCGUUUCGCUGGUGUUGUUUCUCCUGGAGGAAGACGUAGUGUGUUAACAGACUAUGACGGUCUGGUUGCCUAUUCGGAUCGAACCUAGCGAUAGAGAAAGAAAAAAUGGAUGAUUGUAUAUUCGGUUAAUGUACCACCUCCCAACUGGACUGCUUAAGACAGCUAAAAGUGGUGGAUUUCAAUAUCCCACCUCUUCUUGUGUACCUCGGUUGACGCACGGCAACUUCGGUCAGUCAAGAAAACAAAUCAGAAAACUAGUCUGCAUCACGACAACGAACAGACAUUUCAGCUUUUUUGACGCCUUGUCUAUUUCUGAUGUCCUCGGCGAUUUUGAAGUGCCAGCCGUUGCGGAUCCACAUUUUGAUCUUAUUCGUGCUUAAUAUAGACGUCGUAUGCUCUGUUCCGCGAACGAGGGAGCGAAAACAGCUUUUUCCUGGUAAUGCAUGAUAACCAGAGUGGACAGUAUUACACGAGACAAUGAUGAGAGGAGGGAGAGCUCGAAGCAAGCGGAAAAGGUCGAAGAAAGUGGAAAGACAACUCGUUUGUGUGGCUGGUACAGCAGCACAAUAAAUGGUUUUAUCUUGUGCGACUUUAAGCACACUCUGACAUCUGCAAGGGCAGGGGCCUCGUCAUCCUGGAUGCUUGAUAGCAAUUCGCUCACCACAGACACAUUCGUAUCUACAGCUUACCAGCAGUCUAGUGCUGCCUGCGAAGCUAGAACCAGCC